AUGUCAAACGGAUCAAUUCUCAUCAUCAACGGACCCAAUCUCAACCUCCUUGGCACCCGCGAGCCACACAUCUACGGCAGCGAAACUCUUCAAGAUGUAGAAGAUGCAGCACAAAAGCAGGCAUUAGCAUUAGGUCUCAACCUCGCCACCUAUCAAUCAAACCACGAAGGUCGCAUCGUCGACCGAAUCCACGAAGCCAGAGGGAAUUGCGAAUAUAUCAUCAUCAAUCCUGGCGUUCUCACGCAUACCAGCGUCGCUCUACGAGAUGCACUGGGCGGAGUGGCCAUCCCGUUUAUCGAGGUGCAUAUGAGUAAUGUACACAGUCGGGAGGAAUUCAGACAUAAGAGCUUUUUGAGCGACAAGGCGGUGGCCGUUAUCUGUGGGUUGGGAACCUUUGGAUACAAAGCCGCGAUUGACUUUGUCGCUACAAAGCUGGAGGCAGCUAGAGUCUGA